GGGGGGUGAAGUUCCAAACGCCUGGAGGGCCAAAGUUGGCCCAUGCCUGCGCCUAGCUGCUAGCAAGUGCCUGCCCUUUUAUGUCCUAUCCUAGACGUGCCUGAUCUGUGCGGAAGAGGGAGAGCGAAAGGGAAAGGACAGCCUAGAAGCAGCACAGGAAGGAGGAAGAAAUCCGGAGCCCGGGCGCAAUGGCCAAAAGCCGAAGCGAAACCGGGCCGCCGCUGGAGCAAGACACGCUGCGGGGUUGGGAACGUGACCAAGGCCAGCUGAAAGCAAAUGUGAUAGAAGAAGAUACGCAGGAGUGGCAGAGCAGCCCGUCCUUUGUGGGACUGGAAAGAGUUGGGGGAGUCGACCUGUCUUAUGUCAAGGGGGAUGACCGGAGUGCCUGUGCCUCCCUGGUAGUGCUCAGCUACCCAGACCUCCAGGUGUUGUACGAAGACUGCCGCAUGGUGGGUGUGAGUGCCCCGUAUGUGGCGGGUUUCCUGGCCUUCAGGGAAGCGCCUUUCUUGGUGGAGGCAGUGCAGCGCUUGGAGGAGCGAGCGCCUGGCCUCGUGCCUCAGGUUCUUUUUGUGGAUGGAAAUGGUAUACUCCAUCACAGAGGUUUUGGUAUUGCCUGCCAUCUAGGUGUGCUGACAGGCCUCCCCUGCAUUGGUGUAGCCAAAAAUCUCCUACAGGUGGAUGGUCUUUCCAAUGAUGAUCUGCAUAAGGAACAAAUCCAAGCCCUCCAGGCAGGAGGAGAUACCUUCCCUCUCUUAAGUGCUUCAGGGACAAUCUUGGGAAUGGCCUUGCGUAGCUAUGCCAAAAGCACCAAACCUGUGUAUGUCUCUGUGGGCCACAAGAUGAGUCUUCCAUCCGCUGUGCGUCUGGUUCACUCCUGCUGCAGGUAUCGGGUUCCUGAGCCCAUCCGUCAGGCAGACAUAAGAUCCAGAGAAUACAUCCGGAAACACUUGGAAGCCACCUCCGCCGUGUUACCUCAGCCAGAGAGGAUGAGUGAAGAUACUGAACAAUGAUGUGACAUCAAAGAUAUCUUCACACUGUAAAAAUCUAGACAAGGUACUACUCAACCUUGUGAAUGGUCGGUUUCCAACUGCUACCGACUCCCCUGUGGAGCAGGAAUACAGCAAGAGGACAUCGGGAGGAUCUGUCAGUCUUCUGCAGCUAUCCUCCAAGGGUAUUUCUCCCCAAUUUGUGGCAGGAAGUUGGAGCCUUGUCUCCGUGGACUGAUGGGCCAAAUGGAUGUAAAGUUAAUUAUGAGACAGCAACAAUAAUAUGUGGACUUCAGUUACAAAGUCAAUAUCAGCCAUGGUGAGUCCUUCGGAGCCUGUAGGGUGCCCUUUGCAAAUGUGAGGUAUUGCACCUCUAAUUAUCCCUAGACUGCAUGGCCAGUGGGCAGGCCUUCUGGGGAUGAUAGGGAAUGUAGUCCAAAACAUCUGGAUGCUCUGAUUUGUUGGGAAGCCGCUGUGGUCGUUGGAGAGGGUGAGCUUAACUAUUUCGUUCCCUGUCAUAUUUCCAUUUCUUAUUUGAAGCUGCUUUUUUUUAGUUUAAAAGGAAUCCACCUCUCAGAAGCUUAUAUAGCCUUAGCCUGAAAUGUAAACAGCAACUGCUUUGGAGAAGUCAUUUUCCUUGAGACUUCAGAAGUUGAAGUGAGUCUGUGUGUUUAACCCAUGCUCCUCAGAAUGAGUGUCCACAGCCUAACUGUUGCUGACGCCUGGGGAGGUUUCAGAAAAGGAUGAGAUACUUGUAGCCAACGAGAAAAGUAUGACGCUGGCCCCUUGCACAUUGGGGUGGGGGAGUGAAUUGCUAAUCCCUCACAUCGGAUUGCUGGUUAAAUAGCCUUCCCACCCACGUCUUCCAGCGCUGCUUACCUUUCCCUCCCUCUCCCCUCAGCUGCUAUUUGCCCAACAAAUGUCACGUCGUGUUUGGCCCCCAAUCCCAGCUCCAUGGAGAAUAUGCCUAUAGUGUAUGACACAUGUCUACAUGUUUAUGCCAAACAAUCGAUGAUACUGUUUUAAUUUUCAAAGAAACUGCAAGCCUUGCUGAAAUGAAUGGAAUAGGGUGAACAGAAAUAUCUGUUCGUAGUUCUUUUUUUUUUCACUGUCAGGGUCAUCUUCAGAACAAAAAACCUUUGCUUCUGAUUUUGAUGUUUUAAUAGUAUGCUAGAUGUUACAUUGAUAAUAUAAGCAAACAUUUCACUGGUAAUCCUAUAAAUGAUUUAAUGUGUACAGUUUCCUAAUUUUAAGUCAGCAAUGAGAAACCAGGCUGCGGAGCUAAUGGAGUAAUACAGAAAAUAAAUCAGGAUUCAGAGUGAGGAAUUCCACUAAGAGCUUGAAGUUGGUCGUGUAAGGAGAUUCUAAUUGUUUGUGCGUGCUCUCUCUCUCUCUCUCUCUCUCUCUCUCUCUCUCUCUCUUUCUCAUUGCUCCUUCCCCUGCGUCUUUUUAGUGACACUCAGUUGCUGGUGCUGCUGGUUUCUCCCCCUCCCUCUGCCACUGCCACUCUCUUCGUGAUCGUUGCUGUCACUUUCACACCUCCCUGGAGAACAGAUGCUGAAUCCCCAACUCCUGAUGGUCUCAGCAGAUGGAUAGAGAGAGGACUUUGUGUAUUGGGUGGGUGUGUAACUUGCGGAAGCCAACAAUCUGCUGCUUUCUUUUGUAGGAGGCUUCAAGGCCUGGGCUGAAAUUUAGGCUAUGGAAGAGCUUUAAAUCUUGCCUGGUGCAUCGACUUUGCAGGGUUAACAGCGUUUCGCCUCCACCGCUUGGCAUUGUGCAGCCCCAGUGUGGUCUUUUGGCAGUCCUGAACCAUUCACUGUGUGCCUACAGCAGAAAGAAUACGUUUGGUGUGUCAGUUAUGUGCAGCUCUUUGGUGGCAUCAAGAAAAAGCCUGUCCACAAAACACUAUGGGGGAAUUGUACACCCUAUCCAGAGGCAGCAAAGUCUAUGGACCCCACCUGGCAAUUCUUGGCUUUCUUUCCUGCUAAUGAUUUCGCUAUUAUGAUUUCCUGCAGAUGAGUUCUGAUCAGGCUCAUAGCCGGGGGGGAGGGGGCUUGAGGGGCUUCAGCCCCCCCCCCCCUGAAAUUCUCAGGGUGGUCUGCGAGAAGGCCUUACAUUUAUUAUUUAAACUGUUAUGUUUAUUCCUAUCAUGAUCUGAUCACCAUGCUCAAUAUAUCCCAUAUGCAUGGGGGUAUUGGGAUAACGAUACAAAAGGUUUGCUAGGGUAGACGCCCCUCACCCAGAUUCAGCCCCCCCCCCCGAAUCAAAAUCCUGGCUACGGGCCUGGUUUUGAUAGUCCCACUUGACCUCGACUUGUGGUUCCAUAGAAUUUCCCCUAUUGGAUUUGCUAAUGCUCUUCAAUCCCAUCCCACAAUCCACCUGCUGUCCUUACAUUUAGACCUGCAGCUCCACUGCAUAGCCGAGUCCUCAACUCCCUUCCUUUCAAUCCCACAGCCAUCUGUUAUCCAAAGUUUUGUUUCUCCGCCUCCUUUCCAUUUAUCGUGAUCUGCCACUCCAGCUCUUCCAUCACCAAUGCUGUUGCCACCUCUGUCCUGAAUUCAAGCUGAAGCUGUCUCCUGCUCCAGCAUCUUUGGAUGUCUCCACAAUCAACGCUGUCAGUCCACUAACACUGAAUCCUGAGUUGAUUCCAUGACCUAGUGAAUAUCCUAGCCCUGCAGCAUACCAAAGUGUUUGGAUACUAAUGUAGCAUUGCAGAUGUUCACACAUCACCAUCCUUUGCCAGCUAAGUGGCACAAAGGCCCAAUGCUGUCAAGGAGGCAACAGCAGUGAAAACAUCCUCGCAACUGGCAUUUUCUUUGAAUGGAGCCACAACCUUAGCUGCCAGAUGCUGCCGGGUGAGGAACCCACCUGUGACUCAAAACUGGAUAGAAGUAAAGGGGUUGGUGUGAGGGGGGACGGGGGACAAAGAGAGGCAGAAGCAGAAAGAGACUAUUUCUGCCACCCGCUACUUUUGUAACUGGGAAAGAUCUGCAAACUGUCAUUAGCAAACUCUGCCUGCAAAAGCAAAUUCAAUCUGGCUGAAAGAACUAGUGCCAUCUGUGCACAGCUGUUGAGGUGAAAGCGACCAAGCCCUGGGGCCUUCCACCAGAAGGGUCCAUCCAUCAUUCCAGGGCUCCACAUGUUCCUUCUCACUGGUGUUCAUUGCUUUGGACCUGGAAAGAGCUCUUAUUGUGGCACUCAAGAGCCAUUUGCAGGAAGCUACAACCUGUCAGAAAAAAACAUGGAGUGAAAGAACAGGAGUUCCUCCUUCCUCUGCUACCUACAUGUGGAGUCCAGAAUUAUCAAAGGGUCAAAGCACUGGCAGAUGGCAGCAUCUCUGCUGGUGAAGUGGUGAGUCUACUCCAGGUUUGGUUUGACUUUGAAAAGAACUAUCUAUAGUGCUGAACUCUAUCCUCAAAAUACACUUGGGACCUUGUAGCGAUUACAACAGAGUGGAUGUAUCACCUUGCUUAUAUAAAAAUCACCAGUUGUUAAAGAGUGGUAAAUGGCCAGAGGGAUUGAACUGAAGGAGAAAGAGUCAAUCAUCCUGUGGAUUUGUGAGGCUGCUGAGGGGAAAAGACAAGAUCAGUCACUAUUCUUCAUAGCUGCUGCAUGUCCUUGUGUUGUGGAAGAUUCCUGGAGCUUUAAACAGGACACUGCUCACCUCAGCUAGAUGUGACUUGCUUUUACCCAGGCUGCCUGAGGUUGUGGAAAGCUGGCCUACUCUCUUCACUUCCACUUGCUGCAAAGAGGAGCAGCCUGAACAACUGAAUGUUCAUUUUUCAGGGAUGCUCUUUGGCUCUCAGAUUUUCCCUUCUGUCUUCUAUAUGGGGUAAAGGAUGGGGAAAAUCUGUCUGUUUCAGUUUCUCUCACUAAAUGAUAAAAAAGUGGAAAUGACAACUUCAAGCACUUUCUGUCCUUAAUAUGAAAGAAUUUGAAAAGUUGAUAAAUUAUUAGAAAAGAAACCAGCAAAAUUAUCUCCCAUUCUGCAUUUGCAAAAUUCAAUCAGUAGAUCUAUUUGCAGGAACCUACUUGCCAUAUAGAAGUCCAAGAUGGCAACCCUAGUUCGGCAAAAAUUAGGUUGAGUACAUGAGGAUUGAAAUCUGAACCGAAGCUAACAAUCUGUUUGGCUCCUCCUAUGUUUGAAUAUUUUAAAUCUCAUGUUCUUUUCACCUUUCCUGUUACACUUUGUGCCUGACUGGGCUCCUUGUUUUAUUUUUGUUGGGUUUUAAUUUUUCUGUGUUUGCCACAUGUCUACAGUCCAGUAGAUUGUGUGUUAAAACUGUCAGGAUUGUAAUAGUGUAACACAGUUUCAAAGGAUGGUCACAAUUACUUGCUGAGAAUGAGAGACCUCCAACAGACCCCACUUUGCCAGCUCAGGGCCAUGACUUCCUUGACUGAGUCAUCUAUCUUCCUCUUUUCCUGCUGCCUUCAGCUUUACUGAGUUUUAAUGUCUUUUCCUAUGCGUCAUGUAGUCUCAUUCUGUGUCCAAAGUACCACAGCCUCCGUUUAUUCAUUCAAGCUCUCAACCCCAUUUAUUUGUGUUUUUGCCAAUCUGUGGAAGCCAUAGAACUCUCCCUCAACACACGUGUUUUUAAAACAUUAAUUCUCUUCAUGCCAGUUUUCCCCGUCCAGAUUUCACAACAAAGCACAGAAAUUGGAAAUAUAAUGGCAUAGACAAUCCUGACUUUGGUGCUCAAUUAUAUAUGUUUCAAUGAUAUAUGCAAUUUUAAUUGUACAAUAAACAUAUAUUUAUUGUAACUUAA